ACGCACGCUUCUAUCUUUGGUCAAAGACCGAAAUAAAUCCGAUAUACCGCCAAAAAAAAGAGAGAGAAUUUAUCGACGGCCGUUUGUUUUUUCCCGGUCAUGAAUUUCGCGAGUAUAAAUAAGGUUGCAAACAAAGAAAUCAAUACUGGAACGAGGAACAAAUUAUUAGAUUGAAGCUAGCCAGGAAAACAAGAUGCAGACAUUCUUAAAAAUAUUGUUUCUUGUUUGCUUAUGCUGUACUGAUGUUAUUAUUCUUCCAGCUCUGGCGGAUGUUGGGACGGCAAAGGCUUAUCCUUCUCCAUACCUACCGGUGUCGGAGGGGCUUUGGGACAACGGAGGUGCAUGCGGUAGGCAAUACAGAGUAAGGUGCAUAAGUGGACCGAGCCAUCCUUGCAAAGGUGGAAACAUAGUGGUGCAGGUUGUUGAUCAUUGUCGUGGCACCUCAUGCCCAGCAUCAAUGGCCCUCUCCAUUAAAGCCUUUAGGGCCCUUUCCAGAUUUACCACCGUCCAAAUCAACAUCGAAUUUAUGCAGGUUUAAUCGUGAUUAAUUGAUGGGAGUGCAUGCAGUAUCCGAGCAAGCAUCGUCAGUACGUUGCAAGAGAAGCGCGCUUGUCAUGUCCUAUAUAUAGAUUGUUUAAUUUGCGUUAAUUUGAUAUGUAAUUUAUAGAUAUUGAUCUCUUGCUCAAUCAUAUAUAUAAUUAAUUCUGCAAA